GUAAGCUUGAGCUGCACGCAGCGGCCCGCGCGGCAAAGCAGAAAGCAAGCUGAACAGAGUGCACUGAGUGGCAGUGGCAGCGGCGACACCGGCGACACAGGCAGCCCAGGCCACCCGGGCGGCCCAAACAACCCCAGAAGCAACCGCCACAACAACCAGCUGCUCCGCGGACUGCGAGCUGUGGCGGUAGAGCCCGCUACAGCAAUCGCAGUCUCCGUGGAGCCGGCGGAAGCCUUUUCUCUUUUUCACUCCCCACUUCAUUCUACUCUAGAGGCUACAAUCACAGGGAAAACCCUUUUGUGGGUAAGAAGGAUUCCACAGAUCACAUGCCAGAGAGGUCUUGCCUCAGCUGCUCUCAACUUUGUAGUCUUGUGAAGAAGCUGACAAGCUUGGCUGAUUGCAGAGCACUAUGAGGACUGUACCAAAAUGGGUUUUAAUGCAGGUAUUUCAAGUACUCUGCGGGUUGAUACAAAGAACUGUUACAAGUGUACCUGGUAUGGAUUGUUGUCCGGGACGUAUAUAUUUGCGGUCCUGUUAGCAUGCGUCGUGUUUCAGUCUGGCGCCCAGGAGAAGAACUACACUGUUCGGGAAGAAAUGCCAGAAAACGUCCUGAUAGGCGACUUGGUGAAAGACCUCAACUUGUCGCUGAUUCCAGACAAGUCCUUAACAUCUCCUAUGCAGUUCAAGCUAGUGUACAAGACUGGGGAUGUGCCACUGAUCCGAAUUGAAGAGGAUACUGGUGAGAUCUUUACUACUGGAGCACGCAUUGAUCGUGAGAAAUUAUGUGCAGGUAUCUUGCUGGACGACCGUUGCUUUUACGAAGUGGAGGUUGCUGUUUUGCCAGAUGAAAUAUUUAGACUGGUUAAGAUACGUUUUCUGAUAGAAGACAUAAAUGAUAAUGCACCAUUAUUCCCAGCAACGGUUAUCAACAUAUCAAUUCCAGAGAACUCGGCUAUAAACUCUCGAUAUGCUCUUCCAGCGGCCAUUGAUCCGGACAUAGGAAUAAACGGAGUUCAAAACUACCAACUAAUUAAGGGUCAAAACAUUUUUGGGCUUGAUAUCAUUGAAACACCAGAAGGAGACAAGAUGCCACAACUGAUCGUUCAAAAGGAGUUAGAUAGGGAAGAGAAGGAUACAUAUGUAAUGAAACUAAAGGUUGAAGAUGGUGGCUUUCCUCAAAGAUCCAGUACUGCUAUUUUGCAAGUCAGUGUUGCUGAUAUAAAUGAUAACCACCCAGUGUUCAAGGAGAAUGAGAUUGAAGUCAGUAUACCAGAAAAUGCUCCUGUAGGUACUUCAGUGACACAGCUCCAUGCCACAGAUGCCGACAUAGGUGAAAAUGCCAAGAUUCACUUCUAUUUCAGCAAUCUAGUUUCCAACAUUGCCAAGAGGCUGUUUCACCUCAACACCACCACCGGGCUUAUCACAAUCAAAGAACCACUGGAUAGGGAGGAAUCACCAAAUCACAAGUUACUGGUUUUGGCAAGUGAUGGUGGAUUGAUGCCAGCAAGAGCAAUGGUGAUAGUAAAUGUAACAGAUAUCAAUGACAACGUCCCAUCAAUUGACAUAAGAUACAUCAUCAAUCCAAUCAAUGGCACUGUGGUUCUUUCAGAAAAUGCUCCACUCAACACCAAAAUUGCUCUCAUAACAGUGACAGAUAAGGAUGCUGACCAUAACGGUAGGGUGACAUGCUUCACAGAUCAUGAUGUCCCUUUCAGAUUAAGGCCAGUAUUCAGUAAUCAGUUCCUCCUAGAGACUGCUGCAUAUCUUGACUUUGAGUCCACAAGAGAAUAUGCCAUUAAAUUACUGGCCGCAGAUGCUGGCAAACCUCCUUUGAAUCAGUCAUCCAUGCUCCUUGUCAAAGUAAAAGAUGAAAAUGACAAUGCUCCAGUUUUUACCCAGCCUUUCAUAAGUGUUUCCGUUCUUGAGAAUAACUAUCCUGAUGCCCAGUUGACAAAAAUAAGUGCAACGGAUGCAGACACUGGGCGUAAUGCUGAGAUUAGUUACCUGCUAGACAUUGAUGCUCCACCUGAAUUCAACCUGGACCGUCGUACAGGCAUUCUGACUGCAGUGAAGAAACUUGAUAGAGAAAAACAGGAAAAAUACAACUUCACAGUUCUGGCAAAAGAUAACGGAAUGCCACCUUUAAUAACCAAUGUCACAGUUUUAGUGACGGUUCUUGAUCAGAAUGACAACAGUCCGAUUUUCACUCACAAUGAGUACAACUUCUAUGUCCCAGAAAACCUUCCAAGGCAUGGAACAGUAGGACUAAUCACUGUAACUGAUCCUGAUUAUGGAGAAAAUUCUGCAGUCACUCUCUCCAUUGUAGAUGUGAAUGAUGACUUCACCAUUGAUCCACAGACUGGUGUCAUCAGACCAAAUAUUUCAUUUGAUAGGGAGAAACAAGAAUCUUAUACUUUCUAUGUAAAGGCUGAGGAUGGCGGUAGGGUAUCACGUUCUUCAACAGCCAAAGUGACCAUAAAUGUGGUUGAUGUCAAUGACAACAAACCAGUGUUUCUUGUCCCUUCUUCCAACUACUCCUAUGAAUUGGUUCCACCAUCCACUAAUCCAGGCACAGUGGUCUUCACGGUAGUUGCUACUGACAAUGACACUGGCAUGAAUGCAGAGCUUCGUUACAGCAUUGUAGGAGGAAACACAAGAGGUCUGUUUAUGAUUGACCAAACAACAGGCAACAUUACAAUGAAGGAGAAAUGUGUUCUUGCAGACCUUGGUUUACACAGACUGGUAGUCAAAGCUAAGGACUUAGGACAGCCUGAUUCUCUCUUCAAUGCUGUAAUUGUUAAUUUAUUUGUGAAUGAGUCAGUGACCAAUACUACACUGAUUAAUGAAAUGGUGCGCAAAAACAUUGAAACACCAGUAACCCAAAAUAUUGAGAUAGCUGAUGCAUCCUCACCAACCACUGACUAUGUCAAGAUCAUGGUUGCCAUUGUUGCUGGCACCAUAACUGUCAUCCUUGUUAUUUUCAUCACUGCCGUAGUAAGAUGCCACCAAUCACCACACCUUAAGGCUGCUCAGAAAAACAAGCAGAAUUCUGAAUGGGUUACACCAAACCCAGAAAAUAGGCAGAUGAUAAUGAUGAAGAAAAAGAAGAAGAAGAAGAAGAAACAUGCCCCUAAGAACUUGCUGCUUAAUUUUGUCACAAUAGAGGAAACUAAGGCAGAUGACGCUGACAAUGACGGAAACAGCGUCACACUAGACCUUCCAAUUGAGCUGGAAGAGCAAACCAUGGGCAAGUACAACUGGGGCACCACACCUACCACUUUCAAGCCUGACAGCCCUGAUUUGGCUCGGCACUACAAAUCUGCCUCUCCACAGCCUGCCUUCCAGAUCCAGCCAGAAACACCCCUGAAUUCAAAGCACCACAUCAUCCAGGAACUGCCUCUUGAUAACACCUUCGUGGCCUGUGAUUCCAUCUCCAAGUGCUCCUCCAGCAGUUCUGAUCCCUACAGCGUUUCUGAGUGCAGCUAUCCGGUGACAACUUUCAAGACCCCUGUGUCUGUGCACACCAGACCGACCGAUUCCAGGACAUCAACUAUUGAAAUCUGCAGUGAGAUAUAACUUUCUAGGAACAACAUAAUUUCAUACCCCUUCCAAAAAACUCCAGUGAUUUGUGAUUUCAAAAUUUGUCUAAGAUCAUUAAUUUUCUAAUUUGGAUUUUCAAUUAUAAAGGCAAGCAAAACAAAAAUUACCUUAAACCCCAUUGAACCUUAUGCGUACUUUAGCUGUAAUCUCCCAAUCAAAAUUUAAAAUUUGUGGAAGAAACAGUGUAGCAUAAUAAAUGAGCUUUAUCAUGCUGUUUCUCCCUUUGUUUCCUCUGAAUGUGAACAACUGUGAUGUAAUAUAAUGUUAUCCUGGUGUACAAACUGAUGGUUCCUAUUUCAAUCAUGAAACAUGGAAUUACUUGCCCUGUCUGAUUGCUGAAGGGAUUAAACAUCAUCUCGGGGAGUUUGGAAGUGAAGCUGAACUAUCCAAGCUCUACCCUCUGAAAGGCAUUCAGGGCAAGAUAUUUUUUUAAGACUAAAACAAACAACAAAAAAACACUUCAGGUUUUUUUGUUUGAAAUAUUCACUAAAAUAGUGUUGUUGAGAACAUUUUAA